AUGGAGAGAGACCAGGACAAGAAGAAGGCCAACCCAGUCAUUGGCGCCAGUAUAUUGGGGUUGAAGGCCGAAGUUGCUCGUAAAAAGGAGGAAGCUGAAAAGAGGAAGGCUUCUGGUGAUCCAUUACAGAUCACUUCAACCAAGACAUUCAAGAAACCAAAACUCCAAAACAAGGGUGUAGAAGCCCGUGCUGCAAAAGACGCUGCACCUGAAAACAAACCAGACAUCUACGACCGUCCUGAAAUCGCCGAUGAACGAGUCUUUUUGGAAUUGAAACGAAAAGCUGAACUGUAUGAUCUCAAGAAACGAUUGGGUGAUGGUGAUGAUGUGGAUGAGGAGGGAAGGAAUAUACCUGAUGAAGAGUUAGUGGAUUAUUUGCAAAAGAAGCAUGAUGAGGAGUCUAAGGAAGCAUCACAACGUGAUUCUGCCUUGGCAUCUCUAGAGAACUCUGAUUGGGUAGAAUUCAUCGACGAAUUCCAAAGAAAACGACUUGUUCGCAAAUCUCAGCUACCUUCUAUGGGGCUCAAGUUUGUCAAGGGCACAGGUGUCGUCGAUUCUGGAUAUACAGUUGGUCCAGAACUAGUCUCUCAAGACAUGUUGAGGGAACAAGAACGUCUAGAAUGGGAAUCUGAACAUCGGGAGGAUGCUCAAGCAUCAUCAUCAAACACACAAGAACAACUCCCCUUCUUCAACUACAAGCGCGAAAACCGUCAAAUGGGAGUCGGGUUCUACGCUUUUUCACAAGACGAAACCGAACGUCGUAAACAACAAGACGAGUUACGACAAUUACGAGUGAAUACUGAAAUAGCCCAAAAGGUUGCUGCUGCUAUGAAGAAUAGUAGAGAAACGAGGGUGGAUGACAGGAGAAAGAUGAUUGGCGAACGUGCGAAGAGGAGAGAGAGGAUGCGGCAAGGUGGUGGUGAGAUGGUUGAUCGUAGGGAUUAUGGUGGUGGGGAAGAACAGGAACUGUUGGAGGAGGGAGAGGAUUUGUUGGAUCUGGUCAAGAAGAUCAGAUCCAAGUUUGACUGA